AUGGGAAUAGAUGCAUGUGGCCUGGCAGUGACACCGCUGCUGCUGCUGGCUUCAGUGACGGUUGUGGGGGGUGCCCAGCCCAGGACUCCACGGGCCAGGACGGACCUGCUCAACAUCUGCUUGGAUGCCAAAUACCACAAGGCUAAGCCAAUCCCCGAGGGCAAUUUGUAUGGCCAGUGCAGUCCCUGGAGGAAGAAUUCCUGCUGCUCCGUCAGCACCAGCCAGGAGCUGCACAAGGACACCUCCCGCCUGUAUAACUUUAACUGGGGUCACUGCGGCACCAUGGAGCCUGCCUGCCAGAGCCACUUCAUCCAGGACACCUGUCUCUAUGAGUGUUCACCCAACCUGGGGCCCUGGAUCCAGCAGGUAAAUCAGAGCUGGCACAAAGAGUGGAUCCUGAACAUGCCCCUGUGCAAAGAGGACUGUCAGCGCUGGUGGGAGGAUUGUCGCUCCUCCUACACCUGCAAGAGCAACUGGCAAAAGGGCUAUAACUGGACCUCAGGGAUUAACGAGUGCCCAGCUGGGGCCACCUGCCACACAUUUGAGUCCUACCUCUCCACAUCAGCUGCAUUUUGUGAGGGCCUCUGGAGUCACUCCUACAAAGUCAGCAACUACAGCCAAGGGAGCGGCUGCUGCAUCCAGAUGUUUGACCCAGCCCAGGGCAACCCCAAUGAGGAGGUGGUGAAGUUCUAUGCUAAGGCCAUGAAUGCUGGGGCCAUGCCCCAUGGCAUUAGAGCACAGGGCAGUGGGUCCUGAUCCAAAAGGGUCCCCAGAGGUUCCUCUGGCAGCCUAUUCUAAGAUAUGUUUUUUGUUUGUUUUUUUUCUUUUUGAGACAAAGUCUCACUCUGUUGCCCCAGC